GCGGGUCGAGGCAACCACUUGUGCUGCUCGCCCAGGCCAGGCUCCUGCUGGCCGGCGCUACGCACUGGCCAGCCCGGCCGGGGACAGUCGGGAAGGCGGCGCCAGCCGGUGGGGCGGGGGCCCCGAAGUGGGUUUUGGGCCGCCACCCGCUCUGGCACUGGGCUUAGAGGGCGGCACGAAGUGCGCUCCGUGCCCGGGCACCGCACCGGGCUUGUCUCGGUAUCUGCCAUUCUGCCCCAGCCAGGAAAACCAGGCGCCUUCCAGGCCCUUCGAAAGAUGGAUUCUGUUGACGUAUCUGGCGGCCCUGGCGAGCUGGGUGGAAAGUUGGUUUUUGCCAGAUCGUGCUGGGAUCUUCUUUGUGCCGCUCAGCAAGUCCCGCAUCCCGCUGGAGCAGGCUCCCUCCUAGGAUUUGAAGCAUGAAGCUCUUCACCUUUCAUCCACACGGGACAUCUAAGUGCUUCCUUCAAAUGCAUUGCUUACCUCUUUCUUUCUAUGGCAGACCAGGCCCUUUCCAACACUUCUGAUGCUGGAGGUGGAGGACUGACUUCACACUCUCUCAAUCUAAGGAGGCAAACAGCACGGAGGCAGAAAUAAAGCAAUGGAACAUACAUCGUAAUGCGUCUGGAGCAGCAUCAGAAAAGGACUUAUUUGUUCUCCUGGGCUGUGGAGUGCCGAGUGAUUGAAUGCUCGCCAAGCUGUCAGUUUUAUGAAACAAAUUCCCUAACCCCCUUGGCCCAGAGCUUUGCUCAGUCUGAGAUGGAAAAGAAAUAACUUUUAAUAGAAAACUCAUUGCUAAAAUCUAAGAUAAGAUUUCAGAGUUACUUCCCUCCUAAGACUAAAAUGAAAUAUGGAAGCAAGCAUUUGAUGGCAGAGGAGGAGGACAGGCUAUUAGGGGGUCUCAUUUCUUUUCAGUUCUUGGUUAAUACACUGUUAAUAAAAAUAUUUAGACUUUUGUGAUGCAUAAUGCAUUUUUAUUCCUAGUGAACUGGCCUGUUUGUAUACACAGAUGUUUCCUGUGGUCUCUAUUUGUUCUAAAACAAUAUUUCGAGCAGGAAACAGGAUUUUUUGUUAAGAACCUAGGUCCUUCACAGACCCCAUUAGUUUGAGUGAGGAUAUUUUCAUUUCUAGGUAUAAUAUGUAAGGAAGUGGGAGGGGGAAGCUCCUUUUAUUCAAAAGCAUGGAAGACCCUUUAAUAAAAAGCAAAUGCAAGCAAGGCAGUUUGUGAAGACACUAUACAGUUCUUCCCUGGCCUUCGAGAUUAAACCUGACUGAUUCAUCCAGGCUUGUUCAUUGCCGAAGGGCUGUGUGGCUUUUCAGUCUCCCUUCUCACUUUGUCAAAGCCACCAUGAGUAAUGCCUGCCCUUUCAUUCAAACCCUCAGUGUGUUCAACUAGGUUUCAGAGCCUCUCCACAGCAUUGUCCUGUGAGAGCUGCGGCUUCCAUUCCAGCACCAAGAACUCUGUAGCAAUGCAGUUCGGUUUCUUUGCUACUCUACCAAGGCCAUGGAAAUCAAUUAGAAUAAAAUGCACAGGCGGGUGUGCUAAGGAAGGAAAAUGAGGUUUUACACAUCAGCACUUCAAAAACAAAUAGGCCACGUGGCACCGGAGCCAAGUGAUGGAUGACCUGCAGUCCCAGAACCUUUCAAUGGACAUGACUGAUUCCCCUCCCACUUUGGCUAAUAACAGACUGGAGAACGGCAUGGCCCAGCUGAUAACUACCGAGGCCUGGAACAUCAACUCCACUGACCUGGUAAAGAAGGCCCUGGUGACCGUGCCUGCCCCAUCAAUUCUGAACCCCCCAGCUGAGUCACAGAGUGGCAUGGCUCUGAAGGUAGCAGCCACCGUGCUGCAGCCCCUGUGCCUUGGGGAAAGCCCAGUGGUGAUGCCCAUUCACAUGCAGGUGGAGGGAAGCUCUGCGCCAGAACUCAACCCCAACGGCAAUGCUACCUACGUUAUGACGACACAAGGCCCCGUGCAGUUACCGGUGGUGUUGGAACAGCAUGUUUUCCAGCAUCUCAACUCCCCUCUAGUCCUGCCUCAGGAGGCCCCGUGCUCCUCCAAUGCUAUCCACAACAAUCUCUUCCAGGGGGCUGAGGACUCUGAGGCCCAACCUCAGCUCCUGGACCUGAGGAUUCCAAGUCAACCACAGGAGCCUACGUUGCCUUUUGAAGCUGUGCUCCAGAAUUUAUUCCCCACCCAAGGCUCUUUGGGCCCUCCACCCUGCCAGCCUCCUCCUGGCUAUGCUCCAGUGCCUCCCCAGCCCUUUAGCUCCCCCUUGUCUCCCCUAGUCCCACCAGCUACCCUCUUGGUGCCCUAUCCCGUGAUUGUCCCCUUGCCAGUUCCAGUGCCCAUUCCCAUCCCUGUCCCAGUGCCUCAGAGUUCUGAAUCUAAGUUCAGCCCCAGUUUCCCCAAGCCACCAUCUUCCUUCGGCCUGCACUCCUUUAAAGGUACUCAGACCACUCUGGAAAAGGAUGAACUGAAGCCCUUAGACAUCCUCCAGCCAAAGGAGUAUUUCCAGCUCAGCCGCCACACAGUUAUCAAGAUGGGGGGUGAGAAUGAGGCCCUGGAUCUGUCCAUGAAGUCAGUGCCCUGGCUCAAGGCUGGGGAAGCAAGCCCCCCAGUCUUUCAAGAGGACGCGGCCCUGGAUCUGUCUUUGGCAGCCCACCGAAAAGCUGAGGUUCCUCCAGAGACAUUGUAUAACACCAGUGGGUCAGCAGAUAUUCAGGGUCACACCCUGCUGGAGAAACGUCCCAGUGGCAUGGAAAUGCCCUUUGCCCCGGCCAAGUCUCGUGAGGCCUCAGCCAUGAUGGAUAGUCACAGCAGCAGCAGCAAUGGCACCGAGAUGGUCAGCCAGCCCAUCCACCCUGGCAGUGAGUUAAAGCCUGAAAAUAACAUUGAGAUCGUAAGUGAGUCUCAGGCAGCCAAGGUCAUUGUGUCAGUUGAAGACGCUGUGCCUGCCAUCUUCUGUGGCAAGAUUAAAGGCCUCUCAGGGGUAUCCACCAAAAACUUCUCCUUCAAAAGAGAAGACUCUGUGCUUCAGGGUUAUGACAUCAACAGCCAAGAAGACGAGUCCCUGGGAAACACCGAGCCUCUUAGGAAACCCAUCAAAAAUCGGAGCAUAAAGUUAAAGAAAGUGAACUCCCAGGAAAUACACAUGCUCCCAAUUAAAAAACAACGGCUGGCCACCUUUUUCCCAAGAAAGUAAAUAAGGGCUUUAAAACAUUUUUAUGAUUAUGAUGUGGGGAAAGGUGCAUUGUUUUUUUUUAAAGGCAUCUAAAACAAAUUAUCUUUGUUAAUUAUUUUGGGGCAUAGGUGGGAGCAGAAAGGCAAAUUAGCUAGUAUCAUUUUCUUUUUUAAUUUUUGACUUUUCACAAAUGAGUAAAUAAGAGCAACCUAUUUUUCAAGCAGAUUGCACAUUUUUUUGCAGCUUUAAUGGAAUAUUGGGUGAAUCAGAGGGGUGAGAGCUAUUUUCAUUGCCACAAAGUGCUUUGAUGAUGUAAUACCUAAUAAAGGGUAGGAUGACUAUUUCACAAUAAAUGUUUGUUUGCACUAA